AUGAACGAAGUCACUUGUCCAGAGAACAGCCACUAUGAAGCCUGCUCUACAGCUUGCCCGGCCAGCUGUCUGGAUUCCACUGCUCCACUUUUCUGCUCCAAGCCUUGCCGAGAGGGCUGCUCUUGCAACAAAGGCUACAUUCUCAGUGGAGGUGCAUGUGUGCCCCUGAGCGGUUGUGGCUGCACACUGAACAACCAGUAUUAUGAAGUGAGCAGUGAGGAGAUCCUGACAGACUCUUGCAGCAAGAAAUGCUUCUGCAGGCAGCCUUCCCACCCUAUGGAGUGCCAAGAACAUGCGUGCAGCGCUCAGGAAACCUGCAGAGUGGUGGAUGGUGUCUUGGGAUGCCAUGCUGAGGAAGUUGGCAGUUCCUGGGUGUUUGGUGAUCCCCACUAUGUCACCUUUGACGGGGUGGCAUUUGAUUAUGAAGGGACAUGCACGUACACCUUGAGCAGAUACUGUGGCCCUUUGAACAAGUUACCGAGUUUUACUGUCAAAGUGCAGAAUGAACAUCGGACCUCUUUGGCAGCAUCAUGGAUCUACCAGGUGGAGGUAGAGGCCUAUGGGCAGAAGAUUGUUAUGAUGGCGGAUCAAUAUGACAAAAUACAGGUGAAUGGCCUUCUGGUCAACUUGCCGUUUGUUCUUCCAGCAGAAAAGCUCUCUGUUUACUACCGUGGUUUUUCCGUCCACGUUCAGACCGAUUUCGGUCUCUCCGUCUCUUACGACUGGUCCUACUCCGUAUCAAUGUCUGUCCCCAAGAACUAUUCUGGGUUGCUUUGCGGCCUGAGUGGAAACUUCAAUGGGAAUCAGAAGGACGAUUUCCAAAACCCCAACGGCAGCCUUCUUUUCAGUCCCACCGCUUUCAGCAACAGCUGGAGAGAAACUACUUCGCCUUUCCACUCCACACCUUCCAGCUGCCAGACUGGUUGUGUUGAAGGAUGCCACUGCAACCCUGGGUUUGCGCGGAGCGGCGUGGAAUGUGUGGCCCAACUUCAAUGUGGCUGCACUUACCAUGGGCGAUAUUACCUGGCUGGGGAAAUUUUCUGGCAGGGAGAGGAUUGCAGGAGCUUCUGCAACUGUAACAGCACCAGCCAUGCUGUGCAGUGUGUCAACUCCACCUGUGGCCCUGGAGAGUUCUGUGGCGCCCAGAGAGGCAUUCAUGGGUGCCACGAGUUCUCAGAUGGUCUCUGUCAGGUGUCAGGGUAUCUUCACUACACCACAUUUGAUGGGCAGCAGUUUGAAUUCCAGGGGACGUGCAAAUAUGUCUUUGCGGAACUUUGUGGAAGCCCUGCAGACCUGCCCUUCUUUAGAGUCGAGGUGAAGAAUGAGAAGCUAAGCAACCAGCCAUUGCCCAUGACCUCAGAAGUGUUUGUCCAAGUGAACACCCAUCAGAUACAUCUGCAGAGAGAUUUCUGGGGAACCAUCAAGAUCAACGGAGCAACUGUCAAUCUCCCAGUGAACCUCAAUCAAGGAGAGACUGUCAUUUUCCAGCAGGGAGCAUCUAUCAUUCUGAAAACAAAAUUCAACCUGACUGUGAGCUACAACCGGAUGCAAAACCUCUUUGUUGUCCUUCCUUCCCGAUACAUGGGACAAACCUGUGGGCUCUGUGGGAAUUUCAACAGGGUGACCCACGAUGACGUUGCGAUGCCAAAUGGCUCUUUGGGAAUGGAUGUCUUCCAUUUUGCUGCCAACUGGAAGUCAGAGAAUCACUGUAAGGAUCUCUCUCCUGGUUCUUACCCAGAAUGUUUGGAGAAGCAACAGCUCAUCCAGGCAAAAUACAAAUGCUGGAUCAUUCAAAAUCCCCAGGGGCCCUUUGCUUCUUGUCAUUCUCAAGUUACUCCUGAGCCCUACAUGAAUGAUUGCAUAUUGGACCUUUGCAUCUCUGCAUUAGACCACGGUGUCCUUUGCCACUCCAUUCAGAACUACGCAGCAGCCUGCCAACGAGAAAAUGUAAACAUUUCUGCCUGGAGGAACGAGAGUUUCUGCUAUUUUCAGUGCUCAGAACAUAGUCACUAUGAGCUCUGCAAGAACCCCGUGGAUAAAGAAUGUUCUGCCAGUUGGCUUCAGGGUGUCCAAGGCACCUUUUGCUCUGAAGGAUGUUUCUGCGAUGAUGGGUACUAUCAGAGUGUCGGCAAGUGUGUCCAGCUAGAACAGUGUGGUUGCAAUUACAAUGGACGCUAUUAUAAAGUUGGAGAGCAUAUCUGGCUGCCCGGUUGUGCAAAAAAAUGCCGUUGUGACCCCCAUGGCAAUUUCCGUUGUUUCCCAGCUAGAUGUAAGGCGGAUCAACAAUGCACACUGAAGGGAGGACUGUAUGGCUGCCACAGUCUCUUGACCACCUGCGUCGUCACAGGCGAUCCUCAUUAUUUCACAUUUGAUGGUGCACUGGUGCACUUCCAGGGUAUCUGUGACUAUGAGGUCUCUCACACUUGCAACUCCACGCUGGAUUUCUCCUUCCGAGUUGUCAUUGAAAACCGACACUUCCAGAAUCCCAGAGUUUCCUUUGCUUACCGGGUGGAAAUCUGGUUUCAGAUGCACCAAUCCAGUUUCCAUGUGUUCCUUGAGCGAGGCAAAGCUGUCCAUGUUAACGGCAGAAGAACCCAACUACCGGCCAAUGUAGGAUCCAUUGCUCGGAUCUUGAGAGUGAGGAAUAUGUUGACCGUGAGAACCAAAGCUAAUGUGGAAAUCCAGUUCAACGGGGCAAGUAGUGUGUUCCUACGGGUGGGUCCAGAGUAUCAGAAUCAGCUGUGUGGCAUGUGUGGCAACUUCAACGGUGAUGCUUCUGAUGAUAAACUUUUACCGUCUGGAGACAAAGCUCUGAAUGAUGCACAGUUUGGAAAUGCUUGGAUAUCAAACACCAGCUCUGCACGAUGUAAAAACAACACCAAAGACCUUGUUCCUUGCCCAAAUCAACACAAGUACAAACAAAUGUGUGCAAUCUUAAUUAACGUCUCAGGGCCUUUCUCUGAAUGUCACUGGCUCAACAACCCAGACUUGUAUUAUGAAUCCUGUGUCUAUGAUUUAUGUCAGUACGGAUUGGGCAAUCGCAUGUUCUGUAUGGCCAUUGAAACUUAUGAUGAAAUGUGCACCAUUACUGGGGUGAAGGUGAUGGACUGGCGGCAGGCAACAGGAUGCAGCAUCACCUGUCCAGUUAACCAGUAUUAUGACUUUUGUGGCCCAGCUUGUCCUGCCACGUGUGCCAACCUCCAGGCCCCUGCCCUUUGCAAAAAAGCUUGCAUCUCAGGCUGCGUCUGCAGGGAAGGCUAUGUUCUGAAAGCUGGGGUCUGCAUACCUCUACAACUCUGUGGCUGCGCCCUAAAUGGCCGCUAUUACCAGCUGGGAGAACAAGUGAUCCUGGGGGACACUUGUAACCAAAGAUGCAUCUGCAUGCAAGCUGCUCACCCAAUGGAAUGUCAAGGACAUGCCUGCAAAGCUCAGGAAAUGUGCAAAGUUGUGGAUGAUGUACGAGGUUGUUACCCAAUGAGAUUUGGCCUGAUGCAUCUAUAUGGCCCUUCAAACUAUAUCACUUUUGAUGGUGUUUCUUUCAGUUUUCAAGGGGCCUGCAAAUACACCCUUGUUUCAUACUGUGGUCCUCCUGGAAAGCUUCCGAGCUUCAACAUUCAAGUAUUAAAUAUGCAUAAGGACUCUAUCUUGGUAUCCUGGAUAAAGCAGUUGGAACUUGAAAUCUAUGGGGAGAAAAUAAUUAUGGCAAAAGGGCAGUAUGGUUUAAUAAAGGUGAAUGGCCUUCUAAUGAAUCUGCCCAUCACCCUUGUAACGGGAAAACUCUAUGCUUAUUCUACUACCACCUUCCUCACUAUUGAGACUGAUGUGGGCCUCUCUGUUUCCUAUGAUUGGUCUCACCACAUGUCAGUUUCAGUUCCUGAAAUUUACUCAGGGUCUCUCUGUGGCCUUGGUGGAGAUUUCAACCAGAAUCACCACGAUGACUUCAGGUCUCCCAGGGGUUCGGUGUUUCAGGAUCCAGAGACUUUUGGCAACAGCUGGAAAGAUUCUGGCUCCCCAUUCCACUGUGCAGCUGUCGGGCCCUUACCAAAUUGCAGUGAAACUGAAUUGGCCCAGUACAGAUCUCUGGCUUAUUGUGGACUCAUUCGUGACAUGAAUGGGCCAUUUCAAGACUGCCAAGACCAAACGGAGGCUCAGCAUUAUGCAGAGCAUUGUGUGAAGAUCCUAUGCACAACACAGGGCAGCCACAAGGUUCUGUGUGAAGUACUAUCUAUGUAUGCUCAGAGAUGUCAAGCAAAGCACAUCAAGAUUCAGUCGUGGAGAAAGAUCACUGGAUGUGAGUUGACUUGCCCAGAGAACAGCCGUUACACAUUUUGUGGCUCUUCCUGCCCUGCCUCUUGCGCCCAACCAGCUGGACCUCCAACUUGCUUCCAGAGCAUGUGUGUAGAAGGAUGCCAGUGUGAAGCAGGGUUUGUGCUGAGUGGCACGGACUGUGUGCCGUGGGAGCAGUGUGGCUGCAGCUACAACGGACGGUAUUACUUGAAAGGGGAAACAUUCUUCCUGGAGGGAGAAAACUGCCUAAAAAAGUAUCGCUGUGAUGGCUCCAUCUCUGCCCUUGAAACGGAGGGUUCCUUUUGUGGUCCUGGCCAAUUCUGUGGCACUCAGAAGGGAGUAUUUGGCUGCCAUGUGUUGCCAGAUGGCAUCUGUCAAAUUUCUGGAUUUCUUCACUACACCACCUUUGACGGGCAACCGUACAGCUUCCAAGGCACCUCUAUGUACGUCUUGGUGGAACUGUGCCCAAUGUCCAAGCUUUUACCUUCUUUCAGAGUUGAGGUGAAGAAUGAGAAGAUGCCUAACAGACUUUUUCCUGAGAUAUCAAUGGUACUGGUUCUAGUGAACAACACCCAGAUAUAUCUGCAGAGAGGGCACCAUGGGAGGGCCUUGAUCAAUGGUAUAGCUCAGCACCUUCCCGCCCAUUUGAAAAGCCAGAGGAUUGCCAUUUAUCAACAUGGAUUUUAUGUUGUUUUAACAACUGACUUUGGUUUAACCGUGAGUUAUGACCUGGCACACAGCCUCUUUGUAACCCUUUCUUCUGGAUACCAAGGGCAAGUAUGUGGGAUGUGUGGGAAUUUCAAGAGGGCCAAUGACGCCGAUUCUAGCAUGCAAAUCAGAUCCAUAUCAAAACACCCCUUGGACCUUGCUAGCUUCUGGAGUUCAUCAGCGAUCACAGGUAGCCUUGGGCCUCCUAUAUUUGUUAAGGAACAUCUCAUCCGAUCUAAAUCCAUGUGCUGGAUCAUCCAGAAUGCUGAUGGGCCAUUUUCUUCUUGCCAUUCUCUGGUCAGUCCCAAACCCUAUUUAACAAAUUGCAUUUUGGACGUUUAUGCAUCUGCUUGGGAUCCGAAGAUCUUGUGCCUUUCCAUUCAGACUUACGUAGCAGCCUGCCAGAGAGCCAAUGUCACCCUCAAGCCUUGGAGAAUUGGAUCUUUUUGUGGCCUUGAUUGCCAGACCAACAGUCACUAUGAACUCUGUGGGCCUCCCUGCCAGGAUGUUUGCUCGCAUGUUUGGGCCCAGCUUCAUUGCCUUCCCACGUGCUCUGAAGGAUGCUUCUGUGACCCCGGGUAUUUGCGCAGCGGGGAGAGUUGCAUUCCAGAACAACAGUGUGGCUGCAUAUACAAUGGGCUGAAUUAUAAGAUUGGGGACCGGGUCUGGCUGCCUGGUUGCCAUGAGCAGUGCAGUUGUUAUGGCCCCUCUGACUUCCGCUGCGUUGCUGCCAGUUGUAAUCCUGGACAGACAUGUACCAUGAAGGAUGGGAAACUAGGCUGUCACUCUCCGUGGGGAACCUGCACAGUGACUGGGGACCCUCAUUACUUCACUUUUGAUGGGUCGGUGGCACAUUUCCAAGGCACCUGUGCCUACGAGAUCUCAAAGCUCUGCAAUGCCUCCUCUCCGUUCUUCUUCCGGGUUGUGGCCCAGAAUCAACAUCAGGGAAACUCUUUGGUGUCUUUUGUAACUCGAGUGGAAAUUUGGUUGAAGAGCAGCAUGCUCAGCUUCCUUAUCGUCCUAAAGACUGGUCUGAUUGUAGAGGUCAACCAGGAAACGGUGGAACUGCCCCAUACCUUGGAACUCACGGGCUUCAUUUCCAAGAUAAAAAAUAUGGUGAUUGUAAAAUUAGCAGCAAAUGUAGAAAUCCAUUAUAAUGGCCAACAUACUCUGUUCAUCAGAGUGGGACCAGAAUACCAGGGGAAGCUGUGCGGAAUGUGUGGGAAUUUUAAUGGUGUUUCAGAGGAUGAUAAGGUGUUGCCCGAUGGAAGCAGAGCCCAGAAUGAUUUGCAUUUUGGCAAUGCCUGGAAAACAGAGACCAGCCCAGCAGGGUGUUUGGAUGACAAUUCCACCCUGGAGCCCUGUGAUGAAAAUCUGCAGGAAUACGGAGAGCUCUGCGGGAUUUUGGUCAGCCAAACGGGGCCUUUUGCCAAGUGCUCCUGGCACUUGGACCCUUCCCCGUUUUACUUGGCCUGCCUGUAUGAUUUAUGCCACUACGGGAGCCAUAACAACAUGCUGUGCACCAGCCUUGCGGCUUAUGAGGAAAUGUGCUUCCUUGAAGGAAUUCAGACGGCAAGCUGGAGGGCUUCCAUCCAAUGCCCGGCCACUGACCCCUGCCUUGACUUGGCUUGUGGAGACGAUGAAUGGUGUGGGGAAAGGAGAGGGAAAUGGGGCUGCUUCUGCCACAAAUCUUACAGCCCCACUGAGAGGGCUGACUAUGAUUACCAGCUGACCUGCACGAACGGCAGAAGUAUGGUUGCUCUCUCCCGCUGCCUUCUUUUCACCGACGGAUUCCCUGCUGAAAGACUCCACUUGGCUGACCUCAGUUGCACGGGAUCCUUAGUUGGAGACCGACUUGUCUUCUACUUUGAUACGGUGCAGAAAACCUGUGGGACCCAAAUGGAGGUAAAUUCUACCCAUGCUAUCUACACCAAUGUAGUGCAGGGUCAUCUGGAGAACACCUAUGGUGGGAUGAUCAGCCGAGACCGGUUCCUUUUCCUGCGUUUCUCCUGUGCUUUCCCACUAAACAUCAAUCUCUCCAUGGCCUCUGUCAUUUAUCCCAUCCACGACAUCAUUAACAUGACCGUCUCCUCUGGCCAAGGAAACUACCAGGCCAUCAUGACCUUGUACCAAGAUCCCCAGUACAGCAAACCGUUUACCCAAAGCCCUAUUGUGCUCAUGGUCAACCACAGGGCCUAUGUGGGCAUCAAGAUUUUGGGAGCUGACCCUACGCGAUUUGUGGUCACCUUGUCCUCAUGUUGGGCCACGCCGGAUAGAGAUCCUUCUUCCAGCAUUCAGUGGGAUCUCAUCACCAACCAGUGUCCCAACCCUCAAGAUGACACUGUCCGAGUUGAAGAGGAUGGAGUAUCUCUGUUGGGCCGCUUCUCCUUCAAUGUUUUCACCUUCAUCGCGGAUUCUGAAGAAGUGUUCCUACACUGUCGCAUCCGCCUCUGCAACUUCUGGAUGGCCAAAUGCACCGUGAACUGCCAUUCACCGGGCUCUGUGACUGUAGGAAGGAAGCCUCCAUCAGCCAUCAUCUCGGCUGGCCCUUUCUUGAAAUACAGUAGCAACCUGCUAGAUCAUGGACUUCAAGUUGGCCAAUAAAAGCUGUAGCCCUUCAUCUUUCUAUUUCUAUUCCCCAGCAC